AUGCUGGCAGACCCGAUCCGCUCGUACCCACGAACCAAGUUUUGGGCCGCCGUGAGCGACGAGCUGCACGUGUCCCAUGGUCUGGCGCGCAACAGUCGUCAAUGUCGGGAUCGCUUCAACUUGCUAUUUUCACGAGCGCUCCUGGUGCCCGCGGGCAUGCGUUCUACAAUUGUAGCCCCCGCGGGCCUCCCAACAACAUCGACAACUGCUACCUCAACUACAAAUACUACAAGUGCAACAAGUACUACAACUACUAAAACACCGGCACCGCAUCCGCGAUCGCCGCCAUUGUUCGCUACUGCAUCUGCAUCACGUGGCAUCAUGGCCUCGCCCACUCCCCACGACUACUCGUCCGACAUCGCGCUGGAAUCGCGGCUGCAGACGUGCGUGCGACGGUUUCGGUUUGGCAACGGACGAAGUUUGGAAUUGAGCAAUAACGGCGCGGAGUCCAGUGCCACCGCUGCCACGACUCCCGCGCCAGCAGCGAGCAUUUCCGCGACCAACCCGAUUUUGGAAAGCCCGCCGCCGCCCCCGCGAACAGGAGCGUUGCACGAGCUCAUCCACCCACCGGACUCGCCCUCGCAAGCACUCGUGGUGCGACCAGAGGCCCGUUUUGCCGAUCUGGCACUCAUACACUCACAGCUGCGUCACGUGAACUCCGUCCUGGACGUCUUAUCCACAGACGUGGCGCUGUUGAAGACCCAGGUCGCGCAUUUACAGCAGUAUCUCACGUUGCCCAGCGAUGGUGCCAAGCAAGAAUAG